AGAGACGAAUAGUUAGUUGCCUGAAUUGGAUGUUCAAGAAAGUGUGUGUGUGUGCUCUGCAGUCGUCAAAAUAUUUCUCUUUUUGAGCGGCCUUUUGCUUUUUUUUUAAUUUAAAUUUUGCAGUUCGUGGUUUUUGAUCAGCAGAUGUUAUUGAUUAUGAAAACGUCUCAGAUUGGUUACUCUUAACAUUGCGGACAGUUUUUUUCAAAAUUUUUGAAAUAAAAGCAGAUUUCAAGUUCUUGAAACAAAGGUUCAAAUAAUAAAGUUGACUGUUUGGAACAAGCCUUGGUAGAUUGUUUGAAAAGCUGAAGAUGGCUAACCCUGUUUGUUUUUGAUGAACGUGAUGGUUAAUGGAAUUCGAAAUUGGAUUCCACGAAGUUUGUUCAGAUUUCGACAGAAAAAGACAUUGCUCAUACUGCCAAUCAUCACUAUUGUUUUUCUUAUACUUAUUUAUUCACCUCCUGAAUCAUAUAAAACAGUCUUAUCCAACAGACUGAUUUCACAGGGUCAUCUCCUCUUUCAACCACAGGUAAAAGAACCUCUAAGUCGGAAAGAUGUUGAGAAAAACUAUACCAUACACAUUUGGGAACAUGGCAAGCGUAUGGAAAGAAGAUUCCUUAGAUCGUACGGAAUGAAACAAAGGGACCCUUUUGAAUAUUGUGCUGUAAACAAUUGUAGAUUAUCUAUUGAUGACGCACUUGUAAAUAACAGCGAUGCAGUGCUUUUCCAUUUGCAUCAGACCAAAGGCCCACAGACGUUGCCAAGUCAUCAUCCACCAAAUCAGAUAUGGAUAUUCUUCACGGAUGAAUCUCCCAAACACACUUUUUACGUUACUAAAAAAUAUACCAUGAAGGACUACGAUGGCAUUUUCAACUGGAGCAUGACGUACCGCAGUGAUUCUGACGUGCCUGUUCCUUAUGGGAGGACUGUUUCGCUGAAUCGCGAUGAAAAAAGAGCUUAUGUAGGUAAAAAUUACGCCAGCACAAAGACUCGUGACGUGGCCAUCCUCGGGAGCAAUUGUGGUAGCAAAAAUCACAGAUGGGAGUACGUCAAGGAGCUGCAGAACUACAUCAAUGUCGAUAUCUUUGGUGGCUGUGGAACCCUGACGUGUCCUGGCCAUUUCACGAAAGACUGUCCAAUCAUCAGUGAAUACAAAUUCUAUUUGGCUUUUGAGAACUCGAACUGCAAGGAAUACAUAACCGAGAAACUUUGGUGGAAUGCAUACCACAAAGAUACAGUGCCAGUUGUGAUUGGGCCACCGAAAUCGGAUUAUGAAAAGUUGUGUCCGCCGAACUCUUUCAUUCACGUACAAGAUUUCGAUUCCCCAUCGGAAUUAGGAAAAUAUUUGAAUUUUCUGCUAAACAAUGACACUGCAUAUAAUUCGUAUUUUGACUGGAAAAAAGACUUUAAGGUUCUAAACGAGCAUGGAUAUUUUGGGGCGCCGUCGUUGCAUGUGUGUCAUAUUUGUGAAGCCCUCAACCGAAAGUCCAACCUGCCAAAGAUUUAUAACAACUUGAACUCUUUUUGGAAUCCAGAAAAUGAUUGUUAUUCAUCAUAUUGGAAGCCAAAGGAAUAGUUUUCUAUUUAUUAAUGUACACAAUUCUAAGAUUGCCAUGAUAUUUUACUAGUUCAAUUAUGGAGAAUAAAAUUGCUUCUUAAAUAUC